AUGAGUGAUCCAGUCCACUACUUGUUGAGCAAGCUUGCUUUGACUGGAAGAAUGACAAAAUGGCUUUUGGCUCUAGUAGAAUAUGCUAUUACUUGUGUUACUCCCAAGGCUAUUAAGAGUAAAGCACUUGCAGACUUACUGACCCAAUUUCCAUUUGGUGAACAUGAACCUGUAGAGGUACCUCUACCAGAUGAGGUCCAUGUCUCAGUAGCUGCAGUUGAGACUUAUUGGGACUUAAAAUUUGAUGGAGCUUCCGGAGCAGGGAAAGGUAGAGUUGGCAUAACACUAACUCAAGAAGAAGAGAAGUUUCGUCUAUCAGAUAAGCUUGACUUUGAAUGUUCAAACAAUGAUGCUGAAUAUGAGGCGUUGAUACUGGGUCUAGUUACUGCCCAAAAGAAGGGCCUCCACAAGUUGAAAAUUUGGGGCGACUCCAAGUUAGUUGUUAAGCAAACAAUGGAUGAUUUCGCCUUGAAGGAGCCUCUGUUGGCCCCAUACCGCACCAUCGUCCAAAAUUUGCUCACCCAGUUUGAUGAUGUCCAGAUUCAGCACACCCUUCGAACACACAACCGUUUUCCUGAUGCCUUGGCUACACUAGGGGCAAAUGUGGAUAUACCAGAUGAUAGUAUAGCCAUCAUCGUCGAGAAAAGAACAAUAGUAGUAUUAGUCGAAGAAUAUACAGUUUAA